ACCGACAGCUGAUGCCACUUCCUUCCCUGCCAGCGCCCUCCCUGCCCGACCCCGCUUCCCCUCCUCUCGCCCGGAGGGAGUGCGGCCCGCGGGGCGCUGCGCCGGCCGGACCCACCCGGGGCCCGAGGGCUGCCCGCAGAGCCGGGAGCUGGCCCGGCCUCGGCGCUGUCCCGGACCCCCGGUCGGCCGCGCCCCGAGGGGCGAGGCCUGCGGGCCGCACUCCCUCCGGCCCCGGAUUCGGGGCUGGAAGUCCCUCCCCGAACCCAGCAGCGGGCCUGGGAGGGAGAAGGGGCUGGAGAGGGCCUGGCCUCUCCGAGGGAUGGAGGGGACAGAGGCGGCGGCGGCCAAACCCGCGGGCGGCAGCCCCCAAGGGCCCAAGACAGGGAGUGGAACAGCCAGCCCCAUGGAGGGGACCUCAGCUGUGGAGUGGAGUGGUCCUGAGCCACAACUGGAUAAUGGACAUCCCCCAAGACCCUGGCCUUGCCCUCAGGAAAACAGAACAUCCAGCCCGAUGGCCCUCCAGCCUCCCAGGGUAUGGGGGGUACAGCUCCAAGGCCCCUCUGUGCUGGAAUCCAAGGUGAGGGCUUUGAAGGAAAAGAUGACAGCGGCCAAACAGGGAGUGAGUCCCUGCUCUGCUUCCCAUGAGCGGUCAUCCCCCAAGAAACCCCAAUGCAGACAAGGCAAGGCAGGGGGAGCUGGGACUCCAUCGGAGGGGUCUUUCCUGCCAGGUGCUGUGGUGGCUCCUCAUACCCAAAACCUGCCCGAUGGGCAGCUGGACGGCAGCAUCAAUGAGGAGGAACCUGCCAGGGAUGGGGGCCCUAGGCUUCCCAGGCCGCCUGCCCCUGGACGUGAGUACUGCAACAUGGGGAGCCCAUGGCCUCCAGAAGCCGAAUGGACACUGCCUGACCAUGAGAGAGGUCCGCUGCUGGGGCCCAGCUCUUUGCAACAGAGCCCCAUCCAUGGAGUUACUCCCGGACGGCCUGGGGGUCCCGGUCCUUGUAAUAAAAUCAUCCACAUUCCCAGCCCAAGGACAGGAAGAUCCUACCCUUUUCCAGAUGGCGUGGUCACAGAGGCAGAUCUGGAUAGCGCAUCCCUGACCUCCGAGGAGGACUUUGUCCCCAGGACAGCCCUGCUGGGCGAGCACUGGAGAGCUGGAGACCUGGAGGCUCUGGAUGCUGGGAGCAGUGCCUUGUCCCUGUCUGAUCGGGUGGAGAGAAACCGCCUGUUGCUGCAGGAGAUGCUCAACGUUUCUGGGCAGAGCCCCCGCAAGGUGGGAACCCCUGCCUGGACUCCGUCCUGGGACACAGCUACACCAGAGCGACCAGUGGGGGAUGUGGACUGGGCCUCGGGCACCUCCUUGCAGGACUCCGGCCAGAACAGGACCAUUGGUCCCAAGCCGGAGCCUGUGCUGAGCCCCAGGCAUGAGGAAGCCACGCAUCUGCUGCAGCGUGCCCGCAUGAAGGCCAGGACCCGGCCCCUCCGUGCCAGCCAUGACAUCGUGCCCACCAUUACCCAGGGCAGCCGAGAUGGCCACAGAAGCCCAGCCCGGGACCCCAGGACGACCCUUGCCUGCAGAGACAGCCUCCAGAACGGGCACACGAGCGAUUCCUCCAGCGGAGAGUCCAGCGGCGGGCAGAGGCCAAGGCGGGGCCCCUCGCCGUCGCACGUGCGCUUUGAGGAUGAGUCCGCCCGCGAAGCCCAGUUCCGUCACCUGGAGCGGCUGCAGCAGCGCCAGCGUCAGGUGCUGAGCACCAUGCUGCAGGCCGCGGACCAGGGCCCCCUGCGCUCCAAGCCCGACCUCGCCGACUACAUCAACGGGGCCCCCCGGCUCCGGGACGCGGGGCAGGGGACAUUCCACCGGCUUGUGGGCGGCCUGGACCACAGGGGACACCCGGCGCCGCCGGCACCGGGCAGCGAGAGGAGGUGCCAGGCCUGCGGCAGCUGCAUUGACGACCCGCGCCCCGCCCAGGGGAAGGCGCCUCCCGACCCCAGGACCCUCCAGGAGCUCCAGGCUGCCUGUGGGAUGGAGAGGGUGCUGGGUGGCCUGAGCUCCCCACUCCGGCUCCUUCCUGCAGAGCCCCGGCUCCACAUGGAAUGGAUCCGGGAAACACACAUCGGAGACACCGUGUGCCCUGCGGAGGUGGACUCUGCCCCGGACAGCACAGACAACUCCGACAGCUGCAGGACCGACAGUGAGGAGGCGGGGACCUCUCAGGCUGGCUGGGUGUGUGGGCGGACCCGAGGCAGCAGCCCGCGACUGCGACUGCGGGGCUCCAGGCCUCGAGGCCACAGGUGGUCCAAGAAGGCUGAGGCGGAGCUCCCUUGGGGCCUUCAGGCCCAGCAACACCUGCCUAGGGCUGAUGAUGUGGAGGGGGAAAAUGAGGUGAAGGAGGGCAGAGGACACACGCCUGGGGGAACUCUAUUUUUGAGAGAAGAUGCCGUCCCUAAGCCUCCUGACCUGGAGUUGAAGCAGGUGUCCCUGGGACCCCAGUGGCAGCCUGGACCAGGGCUGGGAAGUCACCAGGCUCACCCUUUGGAUUCCCGGACUCCAUGCAGGACAGCCUAUGCCACCACCUCCCCCAUGACGCCUGAAUCAUCAGGGCCAGGAGGCCAGGCCCAGGUUAUAGAAAGCCACGAGUCCCUGGAAAUUGUCUCUCCUUCCUCCCUGCAACAGAGCCAUGCAGAGCCUUCUGCCCCACACCAAGCCUGGCAGCCAGCAGCUUCCUUUUGUCCUGAAGGCUGGGCACCAACCCCUCCCCCUUCGAGGAAAACCACCUCGCUGGUGUCUCACAGGAAGGCAGCCCUGGCUGGACUGCUCAGGCCGGGUGACCACAGAGAGCCUGUGGGUAUCCCCCGGCCUCCUUCAAGAAGCGCGGUUCUCAGGACCUGUGAGCUGCCCCCAUCACAGACCCAGCCCAGCCGCCCUCAGGUCAGGCACCCACUGCUGGCCCUGUCCACCAACAACUGCAACAACAUCGCACCUCAGGGGCUGCAGGAGCCCUACGGGGGAGCCGUCCACGAGGGUAGGGUGGAGAGGGGCCCCUGCAGCCAGGAACUGGAGCCGCUCCUGGAGAACAGCAGACACGGAGGACCCCAGGGCUUUCCCGGCUCAGCAGAUGUUGCCACCAUCAACUCCACAAGCAUCACCCUCUCCCUGUCCUCAGAGGAGCCAGAGUCCAGCCAGGAGUCAGAGGGAAGCCUGCAGAGGACAGGGCCAGGACCUGGAGGACAUGUGCUGUCAAGAGCAUCAGCAGGGGCUGGCACAGGACCCGGCUCCCCCUCGGCUGCCCCUUUGGACCAGAACAAGAAAAGGAGCAGCAGCAUAGCCUCCACCUUGGGGCUGAAAAAGCUCUUGUCAGCCCUGGGCCAGAGUUCCCGGCCCAAGCUGGGCAAGUCCCGCAGCUACAGUGUGGAGCAGUUGCAGCCCGCCCCGCCUGGCCUGACGUCACACUCCAGGGCCCCAUCGUUACAAUCCCUGCACCCGGUGUCACCCUCUCACCAGCGUCGGAAAGCUGCCUCUUUUCAGAACCUCCAUUCUCUGCUGAGCAGCAAGGGGGACCGGUCCAGCCUCUACCUGGUAGCAGGGCCAGGGGAACACAGUGCAGCUGGCAGGCCGGCCAAGGCUUCACCACGGCGUGCCCUCAGUGUGGAGGACGUGGGUGCUCCCAGCCUGGCUCGCACCGUGGGCCGCCUGGUGGAGGUGUUCCCGGAUGGCACGAGCCAGCUGCAGCUGCAGCGCUCCCCGGGGGGCACUUUCGGCUUCUGCGUGGCCUCUGGGAAUGGGCGCCCAGACUCAGGGAUCUACGUGCAGGAGAUGGCUGACGUGAGCACGGCCAAGCUGUACUCAGGGCUGCUGGGGGUGGGCGACGAGAUCCUUGAGGUGAACGGGGCCAAGGUGGCAGGGCUGGGCUUGGCUCACAUUAAAGAGCUCCUGGCCCACUCAGAGAGCUUGUCAAUCCGUGUCCUGAGGCAGAGAUCUGUCCCACGGUGACUCAGAAGUGCCGCUGCCCUGUCACCGCCUCGGAAGCCCUGAAGCACUCGGGGUGGUUGGCAGGAACGUGCUGCACAGAGCUGCUUUGUGGCGGAAACAGAUCCUGGCAGCAUCUAACCCCUUGGGCUGUGGCAGGGCUUCUGUGGUGGGCUGCCUUUGGGAGACGCAAGGAGCCUGUUUGCAUAUUUUGUUUAAGGCCAUUUAUCCAGAACUAGAAAAAGAAAAAAAUGGGUCUCCUUCCAUGUCUGAGGGGGUGUCAACAUCUACUUGUACCUUUGUUGGCAGUGGGAGGAGGGAGAUUCAGUGGAUCCUUUGGUUGAUGCCUGAGAGCCGGCCUCACCUCCUGGUCCCACCCCUGGUCAAAGGCUACCCCAGCCUCCAACACUGUGGAACCAAAGAAAGCACAUGUCCAUAUUGGCCUUGACCCUUCCCUAUUUCAGCCACGUUCCUCCCUACUCCAUUCACUGCCCUUGCCCUUUAUCCAAAAAUGGGCAAAGUGUCCUGGAGUACCAGCCUUACAGCCAUUGACCAUAUAUGCCAAACCAAAACCGGAACGUGUGGUCUGGCAGGAGUUUUAUGCCCCUUCAGGGUGUGGGAAUUCUGGGAGAUGUUAUCUGGUAGCCAGAAUAUUAAAAAUUUCUAGGAAAUUUUUUUUAUACAUAAAGUUGAAAACAACAACAACAACAACAAAGACCGAGCUCAGGACGUGCUACUGUGGUGGCCAGGAUCCAGCUAGUGGGACCAGCCAGACCAGCCCACGCCACCCAGGCUGCUGCCUCUGCCCAGGUGGAGGCAAGAGUUGCUGCAACCUGGCCUGUGGCAGCCUCCAUCUUAGUUCUUCUGUCCAGCUUGGAGACAGGGCUACAGCAGGUGCCUGGCCGUCACACAGCUGCAUGCUUUCUGCCCAGACCUCCUGGCGGUGCUGUCGGUGGGCAGGUGGGUGGGUGGGCAGCAGGGAAGCUGCAGAGAGCAGGGCUGGGCCAUCUGCCUGGGCCUCAGUGCUGCCUGGAGGGCUGGGACUCUUUGGGAGUGGAUGGCCAUGUGUCAGUCUUAACUUAUUAAAAGGCAAAGCUGAAGCUUCUCUCA